UUAGUUUAUGGACCACCAAAGAGAGAAAUCUGUCUCUGACGGAACAAAGGAUUAAAAUUUAAAGAAUCGGUCCUUAUUUGGCCUCAGUCGUCCCGUCAUGGAUUCCAUUUUGAGCGUGGAACGUGAACUGUACGCCCUGAGCGAGAAAUUUAACCGAUUUGACUCUACGAAUGGCCAGCAAUUGGUCCACACUUUGGAGACUUUACGUAGUACUCAAAGAGAACUGGAUCAAGUUCGUAAAAGCGGAGCAGCAUUGACUCCGGCUCAAACCUUCAGUUUAAUGAAGACCGUUCAGGGGUUGUCAGAAGUGGUGUCCACAUUUGGAACCGUCCAUAGAGAUCUUCAUUCGUCGGUGUCCAAAGUUGGGAAGGCUAUUGAUCGUAAUUUUGUAACUGAUUAUGACUCCACUUCGAGGGAGGAUAUCUUCAAAGCUGCGGAUCAACAGAAACGACUCAAUGAAGUCAUCUUACAGCACUUUUAUCGACACGGCCAGUUAGAAAUAAGCGACACUCUGGCUCAAGAGGCUAAGCUUGAGGAUGCUCAUGUCAUCAAGGACCGAUUCCAGGAGCUCAAUGCCGUGGUUGAGGCCCUGGCAGAAAAGAGGCUUGGUCCCGCCCUCGAGUGGGCGUCGAAAAACAGCUCCGACAUGCACCGGGCUCCAGAGGCUUCAAGCCGUGCAGUGACCCGACUCCAAUCCUCGUCAUUGGAGAUGAAGCUCCACAAACUCCGGUUCAUUGACCUUCUCGUAGAGGGCAAAUGUCUGGAAGCGGUGGGAUACGCCCGCCAUUAUUUCCCCCAGUUCGUUAAGUCGCAUGAAAAAGAGGUCCAAGCGCUUAUGGGCGCCCUGAUGUUCGCAUCGUCGGGCAAGACCCUGGAGGACUCUCCUUAUGCCCACCUAUUGGACACCAUGUUAUGGCAAGACAUAGUCGAGCACUUUGUGAAGGACGCUUGUGCCCUGAUGGGGCUCUCGAUUGAGUCACCAUUAUCCGUGGUAAUUAAUGCCGGAUGUAUCGCUCUACCAGCUCUAUUGAAUAUCAAACAGGUCAUGCAACAGCGCCAAGUGGCAGGUGUUUGGAAUCCCAAUGCCAAAGACGAGUUGCCCAUUGAGAUUGACCUCGGACCAGAAUGCCGCUUUCACUCCAUCUUUGCCUGUCCCAUCUUGAGACAACAAACAACCGAGCAGAACCCGCCUUUGAAACUCACAUGUGGCCAUUGCAUCUCCAAAGAUGCCUUGACCAAGCUAACAUCCGGACAUAAACUGAAGUGUCCCUAUUGCCCUGUGGAGCAAAAUCCUCAAGACGCGAGGCAAAUCACGUUUUGAUAAUGAUGAACGCGGACUAAUAAUAAACGAUAAUUCUUCCACAA